CCGCCUCCCGGGAGCUGCGUCCCGUCCUGUCCAGUCCCGUCCCCGGCGCGGCCCGGCCCGCGCGCUUGCUCUGGCCACCUCCGCCGUCCUCGGCCCGCGCCAUGGCCAGCCUGCGGCGGUCCGGCCUGGCCCAGCUGCAGCCGCUACUGCUGCUCCUGGUGGUGGCCGCGCGCGCCCUGCCCGGCGCCGACGGGACGUGCCCAGAGCGCGCGCUGGAGCGGCGGGAGGAGGAGGCGAACGUGGUGCUCACGGGCACGGUGGAGGAGAUCCUCAACGUGGACCCGGUGCAGCACACGUACUCGUGCAAGGUUCGGGUCUGGCGGUACUUGAAGGGGAGAGAUGUGGUGACCCAGGAGAGCCUGUUGGAUGGCGGCAACAAGGUGGUGAUUGGUGGCUUCGGAGACCCCCUCAUCUGUGACAACCAGGUGUCCACUGGGGACACCAGGAUCUUCUUUGUGAACCCUGCACCCCCAUACCUGUGGCCAGCCCACAAGAAUGAGUUGAUGCUCAACUCCAGCCUCAUGCGCAUCACCCUGCGGAACCUGGAGGAGGUGGAGCACUGUGUGGAAGACAAACCUGGGACCCACUUUACACCAGCGCCCCCAACGCCUCCGGAUGCCUGCCGAGGAAUGCUGUGUGGCUUCGGCGCCGUGUGCGAGCCCAGUGCAGAGGGUCCAGGCCGAGCCUCCUGCGUGUGCAAGAAGAGCGCCUGCCCCUCAGUGGUGGCGCCCGUGUGCGGCUCAGAUGCCUCCACCUACAGCAACGAGUGCGAGCUGCAACGGGCACAGUGCAGCCAGCAGCGCCGCAUCCGCCUGCUCAGCCGGGGGCCCUGUGGGUCCCAAGACCCCUGCUCCAACGUGACCUGCAGCUUCGGCAGCACCUGUGCACGCUCGGCCGACGGACAAAUGGCCACGUGCCUGUGCCCCACUACAUGCCAGGGGGCCCCCCAGGGUCCUGUGUGCGGCAGUGAUGGCAUCGACUACCCCAGCGAGUGCCAGCUCCUGCGCAGCGCCUGUGCCCGCCAGAAGAACAUCUUCAAGAAGUUCGACGGCCCUUGUGACCCCUGCCAGGGUGCCCUCGACGACCUGAGCCGCGUUUGCCGCGUGAACCCACGCACACGGCGCCCUGAGAUGCUCCUGCGUCCGGAGAGUUGCCCUCCCCGGCAGGCCCCUGUGUGUGGGGAUGAUGGGGUCACCUACGACAGUGACUGUGUCAUGGGCCGCACUGGGGCUGCCCGCGGCCUCCUCCUGCAGAAAGUGCGCUCUGGCCAGUGCCAGCCUCGAGACCAGUGCCCAGACACCUGCAGGUUCAACGCUGUGUGCCUAUCCCGCCGAGGCCGUCCCCGCUGCUCCUGUGACCGCGUUGUCUGUGACGGAGCCUACAGACCUGUGUGCGCGCACGAUGGGCACACGUAUGACAAUGACUGCUGGCGCCAGCAGGCCGAGUGUCGGCAGCAGCGCACCAUCCCCACCAAGCACCCAGGACCGUGUGACCAGCGUCCGUCCCCAUGCCUCGGGGUGCAGUGCUCGUUUGGGGCAACGUGUGCUGUGAAGAACGGGGAAGCCGAGUGCGUGUGCCCACAGGCGUGUCCGGGCAUCUAUGAUCCCGUAUGUGGCAGCGACGGCAUCACCUAUGGCAGCACGUGCGAGCUGGAGGCCACAGCCUGCACCCUUGGGCAGGAGAUCCGAGUGGCUCGCAGAGGACCCUGUGACCGCUGUGGGCAGUGUCGCUUUGGAGCCCUGUGUGAGGCUGAGACUGGGCGCUGCGUGUGCCCCUCUGAGUGUGUGGCCUCUGCUCAGCCCGUGUGCGGCUCUGACGGGCACACAUAUGCCAGCGAGUGUGAGCUGCACGUCCACGCCUGCACACACCAGAUCAGCUUGCACGUGGCCUCGGCUGGACACUGCCAGACCUGCGGAGACACACUGUGCACCUUCGGGGCAGUGUGCCUGGCGGGGCAGUGUGUGUGUCCCCGGUGUGAGCGCCCCGUGCCCGGACCUGUGUGCGGCAGUGACGGUGUCACCUAUGGCAGCACCUGCGAGCUUCGCGAGGCUGCCUGCCGGCAGCAGACACAAAUCGAGGAGGCCCGGGCAGGGCCCUGUGAGCAGGCCGAGUGCGGCUCAGGAGGCUCUGGCUCCGGAGAGGACGGGGAGUGUGAGCAAGAACUGUGCCGGGGGCGCGGUGGCAUCUGGGACGAGGACUCGGAAGACGGGCUAUGCGUCUGCGACUUCAGCUGUCAGAGCAUCCUGAGGAGCCCAGUCUGCGGCUCGGAUGGGGUCAGCUAUGGUAGCGAGUGUGAGCUGAAGAAGGCCAGGUGUGAGUCGGGGCGAGAACUGUACGUCGCAGCCCAGGGGGCCUGCCAAGGCCCCACCUUGGCUCCCCUACCCCCUGCAGUGCCCCCACACUGCGCCCAGACUCCCUACGGCUGCUGCCAGGACAACAUCACUGCUGCCCGAGGCGUGGGCCUGGCUGGCUGCCCCAGCUCUUGCCAGUGCAACCCCCACGGUGCCUACGGUAGCACCUGUGACCCAGCCCUAGGCCAGUGCUCCUGCCGCCCGGGCGUGGGGGGCCUCAGGUGUGACCGCUGUGAGCCUGGCUUCUGGAACUUCCGUGGCAUUGUCACCGAUGGCCGGAGCGGCUGUACCCCCUGCAGCUGUGACCCCCGGGGGGCCGUGCGGGACGACUGUGAGCAGAUGACCGGGCUGUGCUCCUGUAAGCCUGGGGUAGCUGGACCCAAGUGCGGGCAGUGUCCAGACGGCCGCGCCCUGGGCCCUGCUGGCUGUGAGACAGUCUCCUCAGUACCCGAGACCUGUGCUGAGAUACGCUGUGAGUUUGGGGCAUCCUGUGUGGAGGAGGCUGGCUCUGCCCACUGUGUGUGCCCAACACCCACCUGUCUGGGGGCCAAUGCUACUAAGGUCUGUGGGUCAGAUGGAGUCACCUAUGGCAACGAGUGUCAGCUGAGGACCAUUGCCUGCCGCCAGGGCCUGGACAUCUCUAUCCAGGGCCUCGGCCCAUGCCAGGACUCUUCUCUCCCUGCAGAGGUCGUCACGCCCGGUACCCGCCCUACAUCCACGUCUGUGGCCACUGUGGGGCUUGACCCCAGCAGGGCGCUGCCGCUGCCCCCCAGCGCCCUCCCCCUGGCUCCCAGCAGCACUCCCCACAGCCGGCCCACCCCUCGACCCUCACCACGACCUUGGACCACUGCCAGCAUCCCCAGGACCACUGAGAGGCCUGUACUGACCAUGCCCCCCACAGCUUCCCUCCCAGCAGCCAGCCUCGCCUCGUCUGCCUUUGGCGAAUCUGGCAGCGCUGAUGGGAGCGGCGAUGAGGAGCUGAGUGGGGACCUGGAGGCCAGCGGGGCCAGCUCAGGCGGACUCGAGCCCCCUGAGGGUGGCAGUGCUGUGAGCCCCGGGCUGCCUGUCGAGAGGGCCUCCUGCUACAACUCGCCUUUGGGCUGCUGCUCAGAUGGCAAGACGCCCUCGCUGGACGCAGAGGGCUCCAACUGUCCCGCCACAAAGGCGUUCCAGGGUGUGCUGGAGCUUGAGUCCGUUGAGGGGCAGGAGCUGUUCUACACGCCAGAGAUGGCUGACCCCAAGUCAGAGCUGUUUGGGGAGACCGCGAGGAGCAUCGAGAGUGCACUGGACGACCUCUUUCGGAACUCGGACGUGAAGAAGGACUUCCGGAGCGUCCGUCUGCGGGACCUGGGGCCGGGGAACUCAGUCCGAGCCAUUGUGGAUGUGCACUUUGACCCCACCACAGCCUUCAGGGCACCAGAUGUGGGCCGGGCCCUGCUGCGGCAGAUCCAGGUGUCCAGACGCCGCUCCCUGGGGGUGAGGCGGCCACUACAGGAGCACGUGCGCUUCCUGGACUUGGACUGGUUUCCUGCGUUCUUCACCGGAGCCACCACGGGAGCCACUCCUGCUGCGGCCACAGCCAGAGCCACCACUGUGGCGCGCCUGCCUUCUGCUGUGACCCCCCGGGCCUUCCACCCCAGUCACACCAGCAGGCCUAGCAGCAGGACCACAGCCCACACCCCCACACGCCGGCCCCCCACCUCUGCUCCCCGUCGUGGGCCUGGACACCUGCCUUUGUCCCCAGGCUCCCAGCAGCCCCCCAGGCCCUGCGACUCCCAGCCCUGCUUCCACGGGGGCACCUGCCAGGACCUGGGUUCAGGGGGAGACUUCACCUGCAGCUGCCCAGUGGGCAGGGGGGGCACCGUCUGCGAGAAAGUGCUGGGCCCCUCCCGCUCCGCACCAGCCUUCGGGGGCCACUCCUUCCUGGCCUUCCCUACCCUGCGCGCCUACCACACACUGCGCCUGGCCCUGGAGUUCAGGGCGUUGGAGCCCCAGGGGCUGCUGCUCUACAACGGCAAUGACCGGGGCAAGGACUUCCUGGCGCUGGCACUGCUGGGGGGCCGUGUGCAGCUCAGGUUCGACACGGGCUCGGGCCCUGCAGUGCUGACCAGCUCGGUGCCUGUGGAGCCUGGCCGGUGGCAUCGCCUGGAGCUGUCCCGGCACUGGCGCCGGGGCACGCUCUCAGUGGACGGUGAGACCCCUGUCUUGGGCCAGAGCCCCAGUGGUACUGACGGCCUCAAUCUGGACACGGACCUCUUUGUGGGCGGCGUCCCAGAGGACCAGGCUUCUGUGGUGCUCGAGCGGACCUCCGUCGGCCUUGGCCUCAGGGGCUGCAUUCGCCUGCUGGACAUCAACAACCAGCGGCUGGAGCUCAGCGGCUGGCAGGGGGCUGCGACUCGAAGCUCCGGUGUGGGCGAGUGCGGGGACCAUCCCUGCCUGCCCAGCCCCUGCCUCGGCGGGGCACCGUGCCAGGCUCUGGAAGCCGGCGCCUUCCACUGUCAGUGCCCUCCCGGCCACUUCGGCCCCACCUGUGCUGAGGAGAAGAAUCCCUGUCAGCCGAACCCCUGCCAUGGGGCAGCCCCCUGCCGUGUGCUGCCCGAAGGCCAGGCCAAAUGCGAGUGCCCCCUGGGACGAGGGGGUCCCUUCUGCCAGACAGUCUCGGAGUGGGAGAACCCCCGACCCUUCCUGGCCGACUUCCACGGUUUCUCCUACCUGGAGCUGAAAGGGCUUCACACCUUUGAUCGGGACCUUGGGGAGAAGAUGGCGCUGGAGGUGGUGUUCUUGGCCCGCAGCCCCAGCGGCUUGCUCCUGUACAAUGGGCAGAAGACAGACGGCAAGGGGGACUUCGUGUCACUGGCACUGCAUGACCACCGUCUGGAGUUCCGCUAUGACCUGGGCAAGGGGGCAGCGGUCAUCAGGAGCAAGGAGCCCGUGGCCCUGGGCACCUGGACCAGAGUCUCGCUGGAGCGAAGUGGCCGCAAGGGCGCCAUGCGAGUUGAUGACGGGCCCCGUGUACUGGGGGAGUCCCCGGUGCCGCACACGGUCCUCAACCUGAAGGAACCGCUCUAUGUGGGGGGGGCCCCUGACUUCAGCAAGCUGGCCCGGGCAGCCGCCGUGUCCUCUGGCUUUGAUGGCGCCAUCCAGCUGGUCUCCUUGAAAGGCCAACAGCUGCUGACCCAGGAGCAUGUGGUACGGGCGGUGGAUGUCUCGUCCUUUGCAGACCACCCUUGUACCCGGGCCUCAGGCCACCCUUGCCUCAACGGGGCCUCCUGUCUCCCCCGGGAGGCCUCUUACGUGUGCCUGUGUCCUGGGGGCUUCUCGGGGCUGCACUGCGAGAAGGGGCUGAUUGAGAAGUCAGCAGGGGACCUGGACACACUGGCCUUUGAUGGACGGACCUACAUCGAGUACCUCAAUGCCGUGACAGAGAGCGAGAAGGCGCUGCAGAGCAACCACUUUGAGCUGAGCUUGCGCACCGAGGCCACACAGGGGCUGGUGCUGUGGAGCGGCAAGGCCACAGAGCGGGCCGACUACGUUGCCCUGGCCAUUGUGGAUGGGCGCCUGCAGCUGGCCUACGACCUGGGCUCCCAGCCCAUGGUUCUGCGCUCCACCGUGCCGGUCAACACCAACCGCUGGUUGCGGGUCAGGGCACACAGGGAACAGAGGGAAGGUUCCCUUCAGGUGGGCAACGAGGCCCCCGUGACCGGCUCCUCCCCACUGGGUGCCACACAGCUGGACACAGAUGGAGCCCUGUGGCUGGGUGGCUUGGAGAAGCUGCCAGUGGGCCAGGCCCUGCCCAAGGCCUACGGUACGGGCUUCGUGGGCUGCCUGCGGGACGUUGUGGUGGGUCGGCGCCCGCUGCACCUGCUGGAGGACGCCGUCUCCAGGCCGGAGCUCCAGCCCUGUCCCACCCCGUGAGCCGUGCUGCAGCCCACCACCACCCUGCUGUAAUUAUUUUCUAUUUUUGUAAACUCGUUGCUGUUUUGAUAUGAUUUUUUUGCCUGCGUAUUGGCCGGAGGGACUGCUGGCCCAGCUCUGUCCUGUCCAGGCUGGCGGGCUGUGGAGACAGACUCUGUGCCAAGAGAUUCAAGGGGACGUGGCAGCAUGGAGGGCUCGGCUUGGACAGCAGCCCCAGGAAGCGCCCCUUGGCCUCGCGCCCCCGUGGCCCAGCCCCUCGUGCUGUGUUUCCCUUGUGUGUCCACCUGUGCUGAGCCCUUGUGUCGUCCGGCCUGUCGGCAGACUCUACACACAUACAUCAUCCACUUUCCAUCUGGCGAGGCCCAUGUCCUCAGAGCAGAAGGCGCUGCUGGGGUUUGAGGGGGCCUUUCUAGGUUCCCACUGGAGCUGCUCCUCCCCACCACAUGUACUGUGGAUGGGUUAGCCUCGAGCUGGGCUGGCCCCUCCCGGGCCUCCUGUGCCAAUACUGUGACUUAGAAACAAUGUUUCUGUUGGGCCACACCGCGCCCCUCCCUCCAGCUGUGUCCACAAGUCCCAGGGUGCUGGAAAGCAGAGCCAAGGGCCAGGCCUGAUUGGGGCACCCUGACUCUCAGCUGGCCGUGCCCGUCCACCCAGCCCCCUUGGACGUGGCUGUGUCCCCUCCUGACACCCCAGUUCCCGUGAGGAGCCCCAAGAGGGAGCAGGGCCACUGUGAAACCUGGUUGCAUCCAUGGCUUGCUGCCUGGGCAGCCAGUGUCCCCGUCUCAAGGACAGACAUCCCGACCUGACCACCAAUCGGAGUUCUUUAUGCACUGUUUUCAUGUGACACCUGGGUGGCGGGGCUGUCAUCUUCCCUGUCCUGGCACAAGAGCAGCUAAGGACACCACACAGCAAACUCUCCCAUUCUGGUGUGAGGGGUGGUUGUCCACGUCCACGAACGACCAGGGGCUGGCCAGGUGUCUGACCGAGGCCAGGGGAGGGGGGCAGGGGUGGCAGAGACAUGGCAAAGCCAGCAAUGCCUUAAACUGCAACCAUGCGUCUCAUCGCCUCCCGCCCUGGUCCUGGUGGGGUGGCAGCCCGACCCUCUGCAGUGCCCUCCCACAGCUGGGGCUGAUGGGACCCAGAGGCUGGAGGCAGCCCCAUAUGUCACAUUACUAACUCCAGUCUGUGUCUGUGUUAAUCACCGUGAAAUAAAGUCUGAACACUUUAAAAGA